AUUCAUUUCUCCAAAUUGUAAGAUAUUUCAGAUCAAUUAUAUCCUUUCGGUCAGUGCUUUUAAAUCUUUGAUGUUAUUUGGCAUGCUAAUAAUUUUUGGUUGGGGCUAUAUAUAUCCACCCCAACUUUAACUAAUGCCACCCCAUUUUUAUUGUAGAGAUCAUUUUAUCCCUUUUUAUACUGCUCUCUUAUCUUCUCCCCUCCACUCAUAUUAUCCUCUUUCUAAAUCAAUAGCUUGAAAAUAAUCAAAAUAUUCCCCCAAAAAUUUUUGAUUACUUGUUCUCCCAAGUCUCCUUCAAAAACGGAUUUCCCAUCUCUAUCUUCUUCAUGCUUCCAUCACUCUUACUUGCGUGGAGUCUCUUCUUCUGUUGAAUUCGAACAUCAAUUCUGAUUUCUAGGUAAGCAAUUUAAAUCUUUUAAUCAAGAUAUAAUUAAUGUUAGGUUUUUAAUUAAAUUAUGACAUUUUUAUGUGUGACCAUCAGACUUCUAAUUUUUGAAACAAACUGAGAUACUUUUUGGAGGCUUAGCUUCGUAUAUUAGUAAGAGUUUUGUAAUGGUUGUGUCGUAAUAGUUUUAGAAAUUCAUAUUUUAAUUUUAAUUACGGAGCAGCAUUUUCUAGUAUAGUUUUUUGAAAAAUACAUGUCAUUUUCUGAAAAAAGUUGUGAAAGUCAUUCCCUGUCUAUUUUGACUUUUUCGAGUCAAACUUUGAGCUUCAAUUAAAUAAAAAUCGUAAUAUAUUUUAACAUAGAAAUUACUUUAUUGGAUUUAUCAUAUUGUGAAUUUUUAAAAUUGUACUUCAUUAUGAUAAUAUGCAAUAUAAAUUGAGAGUAAUUGGAGUUCAAAAUACGUUCAGUUUGACACAAAAAAGUCAAACCGGAUAAAUACACUGGAACGGAGGUAAUAAAUUUCAAAAGGGUAAAAGAUAUUAACAGGUUUUUUUCAGAGUUUUAUUUAGAGUUUAAUGAAUUUAAGUAAGGAUUUAGGAGCAUGAAAAUAAUUAGAGUAAUACAAGAGAUUUUUUUCGAAGUAAUUAAACUUUUAGUACAACUUAUUGAUCGAUAAUUUUUUUUUUGGGGGAACUGUUUAUAAAAGUUGGGGGUAAUGAUUUAGUGAAAUAGAAUGGUUGGGAUGGGGCCAUGGGGGAGAAGAUAAGAAAGCUUCUCUCAAGGAAGGAAUUUAAAAAGGGUAAAAUAGUCUCUACAUUAUAAAUGGAGUGGCAUGAGCUAAAGUUGGUGUGGAUAUAGCUCCACCCUAAUUUUUUUUGCAUGGUUAUUCUAUAUAUGUUCAGGAUUUUCAAAAUGGCGGAUCUUCCUGUGUUGGACUUGGCCGUCAUAGAAAACAAUCCUAGUCAAUGGCGGGAAGUUUAUGGGUGUCGGAUUGAGAAUGCCUGCUUAAUAUUGACUUACCAAGAAGAUGGUAGUUACCGAAAUGCGAAGCCAAGGACUAUCGGCAAUGAAAUUACCGUUACGAUAAGUAAUACUCUUUCUGUCCCACAAAAUUUUCCUUUUUUCUUUUUUCAUCCGUCUCAAAAAAUCUUUUAUAUUUCUAUUAAAAAGUCUCUUUUACCUCUACUUAUUCUUAACCUAUAUAUCACACCACACUUUUUUGCUGUUAAUUUAUCCAUUGUCACAUCCUACUUUUAUCCAUCACAUCUUAAAAUAUUUUUAGAAAGUCAACAACACAAUACAUUCUCCUUAAAUCUUUUUAAAAGUCAAAAACAAAAGGAUUGGUGGGACAGAGAGAGUAAUAAUUUGUAUGUCUCUGCAUUUCAAGUGAGAGGUACUUGGUAUGCUUUUAGAGAUACUCAUGUAGGUGUGCCUUGUACGUAUAUGAAUGUCGAUGAGAGUUAUACAGAGGUGGUUCAAAAAGCUUGUAGAUCACCAACCUCACCAGAUCGAACAAGAGAGCAUAUCUCGUUAGGUAGAGAUGCUAUUAUUAGCGCAGUGAAUGAUAUAGCAAGUUCAUGGUUUGUUAAUGACCACGGGAUUGCAAUCAUUAAUUAUUGUCAAGCCAAAGGUUCUGUCAUUUUGUUUCAAAUGUUAUCGGAAGUGAUACGAUUUCAAACGGUACUAGAGACGCUGUUGGGAUUACACGAGGACUCAUCCAGUCCCAAUACCCAUCGUAUUAUUUGGGAGCACCAAAAUGCAUGGUCUCGAUUGAAGGUGUUAUUUAUAGAACAUUCAAGAAAAAUUCUCGUGGUGAUGAAGAAAUGUAAACAUUGAGGACUAAUUAUUUUGUUCGUGUUAUUUUCAGGGAUACGUGCGAUGACUCCUUCGUAGAGUACUGGAUCUAAUAAAAAAUGCAAAUUGACUUUAAAAGAAAAAAGUUAAAUGUCUUGCAGCAGCUCAAAGAAGGGAAAGUGCCAGACUUUAAAUAACUUCUGCCUCCGACAAAGCGAAAGGCAAGACCGAUAGAAAGUCUACUCUUGGAAAGUUUCUGGCGUCUUUUUUAUGUGUUAGAUAAAUUAUUAGAAAUAGAGUACAAUGUCAACCCCUAAAUUUUACUUCCUUCGUUUAUAAAUUAUCUUCUCGUUCAUUAUCGUGCUAUCAAGUAGUAGAAUUGGAAUUCUUAUCUCCAUAUUCUAUUUUCAUAGUUUGAAUUCUGUGUACCAAACAGAGUUGAAUUAGAUUUGUAGAAUUGCCUGAUAUGUAUGAGAAAAGAUGUUCUUGCUUUUCAUUCUCUGACCACUUAUGUAAUCAAAACUUAUAACUCUG